UUCACUUGUACAGUAUCCUUCUCCGCUUUUACAAACAUGACUGAGGGUGGUGACAGUGGUGGUUGCGGUGGCAGUGCCGGUAAUAAAAAGACACAACCUGAAGUGGCUUUAGCCCUACCACAUCCAGUGAAAGAACAAUUACCCGAUGUUCAGUAUUGCAUUAACAGUCCUCCUCCUUGGCAACAAGCAGUGUUAUUGGGAUUCCAGCAUUAUAUUCUGACUCUUGGUGUGACAGUUCUGAUUCCAACUACGAUUGUUACUGAAAUGGGUGGGGGUCAUGCUGAGAAGGCCAAGGUGAUACAGAAUCUAUUGUUUGUUUCUGGAGCAAGCACGCUUCUGCAAUCUUGGUUUGGAACACGAUUGCCAACCGUAGUUGUUGGUUCAUACAGUUUCCUAAUACCCACAAUGUCAAUUGUCCAUGCCAAGAGAUACAGUUCAUAUACAGAUCCUUAUGAGAGGUUCACUCAUACAAUUAGAGGGAUACAAGGCGCCUUGAUUGCGAGUGCAUGUUUCCAUAUAGUUGUGGGAUUCUUGGGCCUUUGGAGGGGUGCUGUCAGGUUCCUUAGCCCACUUUCUGUUGUCUCUUACGUAACUUUCACUGGACUCGGUCUCUAUCAUCUUGGAUUCCCAAUGCUGGCAGAAUGUGUUGAAGUGGGGCUUCCAGCACUGAUUGUUUUGGUUUUCAUCUCACAGUAUCUUAAUAGAUUUAUUAGCCCCAACAAGCUUAUCAACGGCAGAUUUGCGGUGUUGUUUUCGAUUGCAAGUGCAUGGUUAAUUGCACAGAUUCUGACUGCAAGCACUAUAUACAACAACAAGCCAGAAGAUACCGAGAAAAGUUGCCGCACUGAUCGUUCUGGUCUUGUCAGUUCUUCUAGUUGGGUAUAUCUCCCUUUUAUUCCCUUCCAAUGGGGGGCUCCUACCUUCAACUUCGGAGAAGCUUUGGCUAUGACAGCAGCUUCUUUUGUUUCUCUUUUUGAGUCUACUGGUGCAUUUUAUGCCGCGGCAAGGUAUGGAAGUGCAACACCCGUGCCACCACAUGUUAUUGGCCGCGGAGCUGGCUGGGUGGGAGUAGCUUCUUUUUUCAGUGGCGUUUUGGGUUCUGUAACUGGAUGUGCGGCAUCAGUGGAGAAUGCUGGAUUAUUGGCACUGACUAGAGUGGGAAGCCGAAGGGUCAUCCAAAUAUCAGCUGGCUUUAUGAUUUUCUUCUCCAUAUUUGGAAAAGUGGGAGCAAUUUUUGCUUCUAUACCUUUGCCAAUCAUAGCAGCAUUAAACUGUGUGCUUUUGGGCUAUGUCUCUUCUGCAGGUCUUGGUUUUCUCCAGUUCUGUAACCUCAACAGUUUCAGAACCAAAUUCGUGCUGGGCUCUUCAUUCUUCCUCGGCCUCUCCAUACCACAAUAUUUCAUAGAAAUUUUUCACGUGAAGCAUCAACACGGCUGGUUCAAUGAUAUGGUUAGCGUGAUCUUUAUGUCCCACACAACAGUGGCGGGGUUGAUUGCAUUCGUUUUGGACACCACACUCACAUGCGAAAAUGAUGCAGCCCAUAGGGACAGUGGUUUGCAGUGGUGGGAGAAGUUCAGUGUAUAUAAUGCUGAUGGUCGGAACGAUGAUUUCUAUAGAUUACCAUGCAAACUCAACGACCUCUUUCCCGCUAUUUAAGCCAAUUCAACUCUUUUUUUCAAAACAUUUUGUCUCUAGUUGCGAAUAGCGUUGUUUGAAUUGGAAUAAUGUUGCUGAUAAUGGGAAUAAUUUAUUAUUUACUAUAUUAUUUCCUUGAAUUGGUAUUGUACUUGUUGAAGAGAAGAAAUU